AGGACUCAGUCCCUCCCCUAAGAAAGCUAUUGUUUAGUUCCCCGCAGCAGAGAAUGCAUCUGAUUCAAGGGUGCGAGUUAGAUGAGACGGCGUUGUUUGCAUUUAAACAUGCGAAACUAAACGGAUCGGAUAUACACGUUUGAUUUGCUGCAGAAACCGGCUCCUGUGUGGAUGUGUCAUUGGAAAAUGAUGGCGACAAAAAGGCCAUAUCGCUUCAGUGACCAUCUCUCGUUGGCUUUUAUUUUUUCCUUCCUGCUGAUUUUCGGAACGCAGUCGUUAGCUGAACUGAGGUAUUCUAUUCCAGAAGAGAUGAAAGAAGGAACUGCUGUUGGAAAUGUUGCCAAGGAUCUUGGAAUAGAAAAAACCUCUUUGGUUGAACGACGAUUUCGAGUUGUUUCGGGAUCUAAGGACGCUUUUUUCGAGGUAAACCCGGACAAUGGUGCCUUGCAGGUCCGUAAAAAGAUCGACAGAGAGGAGCUGUGUCAGGGUAGUGGUGCAUGCCUAAUAGAGCUGAAAAUCCUUGUUGAAAACCCAUUGGAAAUACAUUAUGUAGUUGUAGAAAUUACGGAUGUAAAUGAUCACCGUCCGAUUUUUUCUGAAAAUGUGCAGCAAUUUGAAAUAUUCGAACAUGCAUCUCCGGGAACUCGAUUUGAUCUGCACGCAGCCCGUGAUCCUGAUGCUGGAAUUAACUCAAUCCGCACAUAUACAAUAACACCAAAUGAACACUUUGAAAUAGAUGUUAGUCAAAGUGAUGAGGAGAAAAUACCAUUUCUAGUGCUGAAGAAAGCCUUAGACAGAGAACAAAAAAAUACACACUUGCUACUUGUCACAGCAGUUGAUGGAGGUAAACCUCCAAGAUCAGGAAAACUAAAUGUUUCCAUUAUUGUUCUUGAUAUUAAUGACAAUCGCCCGACAUUUAGUCAGGAUCCUUACCAAAUAGAAAUAUAUGAAAACGUUCCAGUAGGUACUAUUGUUUUAAAAGUGAAUGCAACAGAUCCAGAUGAAGGAAAUAAUGGAGAGGUAGAGUACAGCCUUAGCAAAACAUUAGCACGUAAAGUUUACGACAUAUUUGAAUUGGAUAGUUUAAGUGGACAAAUUAAAUUGAAAGGAGCUUUGGAUUUUGAAGAAUCGGAGAUUCACAAACUCGAUGUUCAGGCAUCAGACAAAGGAACGCCUCCAUUAACAAGCAGGUGUAAGGUCAUUAUAAAGAUAAAGGACGUAAAUGAUAAUCCACCUGAAAUAGAAGUCACAUCACUUUCAAAUACAGUGUCAGAAGAUUCAAAGCCUGGGACCAUUAUUUCACUUAUUAGUGUAACUGAUACAGACUCUGGUGUCAAUGGAAAAAUUAUAUCCAACAUAGAUUCAGACGUGCCUUUUGAAUUAAAGCCUUCUUACAAGGAAAACACAUACUCAGUUGUCACGAAAGGAUUUUUGGAUCGAGAGGAGGUGUCACAUUAUGAAAUAACAAUAAAAGCCACUGAUUGUGGUGAACCUCCUUUAUCUACUGUAAAAAUAUUAAAUAUUCAGAUAUCAGAUGUAAAUGACAACACUCCACAUUUUGAUCAAAACCCAUUACAGUUUUACAUGUCAGAAAAUAAUGUUGCUGGUAGCUCAAUUUUCUCUGUAAGAGCAAAAGAUAGUGAUGUCAAUGACAAUGCAGCUAUUUCAUAUCAUAUUGCUCGACAAAAUGAUGUAACAUCUUUCUUAAAUGUAAAUUCGGACAACGGUCAAAUUUCAGCGCUGAAAAGUUUUGACUUUGAGACACUGAAAACGUUCCAGUUCCAAGUUGUCGCCACAGAUUCUGGAACUCCGUCACUAAGCAGCAACGUCACAGUGAACGUGUUCAUUCUGGAUCAGAACGACAACGCUCCAGUCAUCCUGUAUCCAGUCAGCUCUAACGGUUCUGCUGAAGGUGUGGAGGAGAUUCCCCGCAAUGUGAACGCAGGACACUUGGUGACUAAAGUCAGAGCCUAUGACGCUGAUAUAGGAUAUAACGGCUGGUUACUGUUUUCACUGCAGGAAGUUACUGACCACAGUCUCUUUGCUUUGGACCGCUAUACAGGACAGAUCAGAACACUUCGCUCAUUCACAGAGACAGACGAGGCUGAGCAUAAACUGAUCAUACUGGUGAAAGACAAUGGCAACGUUUCUCUCUCAGCAACAGCUACUGUGCUUGUCAAACUUGUGGAGCCCAAAGAGGCUUUUGCUGCUUCUGAUGUUAAAAGUGCAACAAGAGAUGAGGAGGGGACUGAUGUGACUUUUUACCUCAUGAUAACUUUGGGAUCAGUUUCUGUACUUUUUAUCAUCAGUAUCAUCGUGCUGAUUGCAAUGCAGUGCUCCAAAUCCACAGAGUAUACUUCUAAAUAUCUACAAGAGACUAAUUAUGAUGGGACACUGUGUCACAGCAUCCAGUACAGAUCUGGAGACAAACGCUACAUGUUAGUGGGACCCAGAAUGAGUAUAGGAUCUACUAUAGUCCCGGGCAGCCAUGCCAACACACUAGUGCUCCCUGACAGGAGGAGGACAUCCACAGAGGUAAGAUGUUAA